AUGACUGAAUCUAUGAGUAUCCCUGGUACAGUCCACCUUGUGGAUCUGGACCACGACAUGCAUGCUCGUCAUGCCAGUUCAUCUGCCGACAUUGUCCUGAACCCAACUCCAUCCAAGGACCCCAAUGAUCCAUUGAACUGGGCUCCCCGCCGCAAGCUACUCUCACUGAUUUGUCAGAACCUAUAUACCUGGUUCGCUGGGUUCGCAGUGUCGACCGUCUACUCUGUCCUCGUACCCCUCUCCGCCAAAUCCGGUGUUUCGAUCGCAACUCUUAAUGAGGGCACGGGAUAUAUGUUUCUCUUCCUUGGGUGGAGUCUUCUUUUCUGGCAGCCUUUUUCUUUGCGCUAUGGUAAACGCUUGACGUAUCUGAUCUCUAUUCUUGGUGCCAUAGGAACCAGUAUUUGGAGUGCAUAUGUUAGCAGCAAUGGCGAGUGGCUAGCAAAGUGCAUCAUCCAAGGCUUCUUCAUCUCCCCCAUCGAAGCUCUUCCCGAGAUCUCAGUCACCGAUAUAUACUUCACCCACGAGCGCGGUACAUAUAUGGGAAUUUAUUCCUUCGCCCUCGCCGGCAGCAAUUACUUCGCCCCAGUCGUAUGCGGCUUCAUCGCCGAUCAUCAAGGCUGGCAGUGGGUCUUUUACUGGCCAGCCAUUUUCCUGGCCGCUGUAUUUGUCUUCCUGUUCCUAUUCAUGGAAGAGACGAACUAUACCCGGGAAGUUGUUUCUGAGGACACUCCUGAGGUUACAUUCUCCCAGGGUGAGAUCAAGAACGAGAAGAGUGAUUCUGUCGCUGCGGAUACACCGGCUGCGGAGAAUGGCGAGGUUUAUAACACCCCCAAGACCUUUAUACAGAAGAUGUCGCUUUGGCAGCCAUCGCCGGGCCAAAACAUGCUUACGCGAUCAUGGCGAUCGUUGAAGUAUCUAACCUGGCCUGUUAUUUUCUACGCCGGAUUCUCUUAUGGUUCAUACCUCAUCUGGUUCAACGUCCUCAACGCCACAGCCUCACUGAUUCUUUCGGGACCGCCCUACCACUUUAGUUCUUCCAUGGUUGGCCUGAGCUAUCUUGCAUGUUGCGUUGGUGUCGUCAUUGGAGCUUUGGUUUCUGGCAGACUUAGUGAUAUUCUGACCAUCAGACUCGCUCGUCGCAAUGGUGGUAUCAUGGAAGCGGAAAGUCGCCUUUGGCCAUUUGCUAUCUGUGUCGUUAUGGUGCCCUGUUCACUGAUCCUUUGGGGCGUUGGAGCUGCCCAUAGUGUCCAUUGGUUUGGACUUGUGUUUGCGAUGGGAUGUCUCGCGUUUACCAGCGCUGUAGGCGUCACUCUCAGCGUCAACUAUCUCAUCGAUAGUUAUCAUGGAAUCAGUGGCGACGCGAUCGUCACUGUCAUUCUCAUUCGAAACACCAUGUCUUUUGCGAUUAGCUACGGCAUUACUCCUUGGAUAACUCACCUUGGUUACCAGAACUGCUUCAUUUCAGCCGCCUUUGUCGGAAUGGUAGCAUCUUCUGCGUUUAUAAUUAUGAUGGUCUAUGGCAAGAUGUUCAGAACUCGUAGUGCUGAGAAAUACUAUGAGCUGUCUGAGGAUGGUCAAAGCCAUUGA